UCAAAACCCAGAUAACAAUAUUUUCCCCAUCUUUCCUAAAACCAUAGUGUUCGAAUUUCUCUAGAGUUUUAUAUUAUCCCGUUAUGGCCAUGACGACGAUGACGACCGACAAGGUGAUGCCGCUCUCCAUGCAGAGGCUGAUCAAGGGAGGGGAUCGGAGCAUGAUCGCGUUGUCCGACGACAGCGUGAUGAUGAAGCAGGUUGUGGAGACUCACGCCCCCGACGGCCGCGAGGUUGACGUGAAGCCACUACUCCUCCUCGUCGAGGACAUCCUCAACCGCGCGACCUUGACUGUGGACACUCUCGCCGACACGGGAUCGACAAAGCACGCGGAAAACAUGGAGGACAAGAUUUACCAGGCCAACUUCAACGCCACGCUUGAUGUGCUGUCCCCUAUCAUCGAACGGAUUUCCUGCGAGCUAUCUGCGAAAGCACUGAGUGGGAGCGAGGCCCAUGCGACCACGCUCACUUUAUUGAACAUGCUCGCCCCCUUCUCGUGGGAUGCCAAGCUGGUGCUGACCCUGGCGGCCUUUGCCUUCAACUACGGCGAGUUCUGGCUCUUGGCCCAGAUCCAGUCCUCCAACCAGCUUGCCAAGUCGAUGGCCGUCCUGAAGCAGAUGACCCUGAUCAUGGAGCACUCGGCCGCACUCAAGUCCCGGUUCGAUAAGCUCAACAGCCUCAUCCAGGCCAUGCUGGAAGUCACGAGGUGCGUGGUGAAACUCAAGGAGCUUCCCUCAGCUUAUAUCUCCAGCGACGUCCCUGCACUGUCAACCGCCAUGGCCCAUGUCACAACUGCCGUCUACUGGACCAUAAGGAGCGCUGUGGCUUGUGCUAGCCAGAUCACCAACCUCACAACCUUCGGCUACGAGUUCAUAACAUCCCCAACUGAGGCAUGGGAUCUGUCAACCUUGCAUCACAAACUGAAGAACAUAUAUGAACAUUUGCAGAAGCAAAUUGACAUAUGUAACCAAUACAUAGAGGAAAAGCGGUAUCUCGAAGCAUAUCAGAAUCUCCUGAAUCUCUUUGAAACAAUCCACAUCGACAAUAUGAAGAUCCUGAAGGCUCUGAUUUAUCCCAAAGAUGAUAUUCUGCCUCUCGUCGAGGGGACUACAAAGAAAAGGGUCAACCUUGAAGUCCUGAGGAGGAAAAACGUGUUGCUGCUGAUCUCAGGGCUAGAAAUCUUGCAGGAUGAGCUGGCCAUCCUGGAGCAGAUCCACAGCGAAUCCAAGACGCACGCGACACGGCAUGAGAUCCACCAGUAUGAGCUGGUGUGGAUCCCCAUGGUGGACCGUUCGGUCGAGUGGACCGACCCAAUGCAGAAAAAGUUCGAGACCCUGCAGUCCACAAUGCCGUGGUACACCGUGUACGACCCAAACCUGAUCCAAAAGGCGGCGAUCCGGCUCAUCAAGGAGAAGUGGCACUUCAGGAACAAGCCCAUCCUGGUGGUGCUUGACCCACAAGGCAAGGUUGUGUCCCCCAAUGCCAUUCACAUGAUGUGGAUUUGGGGAAGCAAUGCCUUCCCUUUCACUACGCUGAGAGAGGAGGCUCUGUGGAGAGAAGAGAAAUGGAGGCUUGAGCUUCUUGUCGAUGGCAUGGAUCCAACAAUUCUGAAUUGGAUUAGCGAUGGCAAGUACAUAUUCUUGUACGGUGGCGAUGACAUCGAGUGGAUCCGCAAGUUCACCGCGGCGGCACGCCAGGUCGCGCUGGCCGCGAGGAUUCCCCUGGAGAUGGUCUAUGUGGGCAAGAGCAACAAGCGAGAGAAGGUGCGGCAAGUGAUUGCGACCAUCAAUGUUGAGAAGCUGAGCUCCACCUGGCAGGACCCGACCUUGGUGUGGUACUUCUGGACCCGGCUGGAGUCGAUGCUCUUCUCGAAGAUCCAACUUGGGAAGGCAGACGAGGAGGACCACAUGAUGCAGCAGAUCAAGAGGCUACUCAGCUUCGACAAGGCGGGGGGGUGGGCAGUGCUGAGCCGGGGGUCAGCCAUCACGGUGAACGGGCACGGGACCACGGUCCUGCCGGCGCUGCUGGAGUACGACCUGUGGAAGGAGCAUGUGGCUACCAAGGGGUACGACGUGGCGUUCAAGGAGCACCACGACAAGAUCCACGACGUGACGCAUCCAUGCUGCCGGUUCGAGUUCCAGAGCAUGGGGGGAAGGAUCCCGGAGGGCAUGCGGUGCCCCGACUGCCAGAGACGCAUGGAGAAGCUCACCACCUUCGUCUGCUGCCAUGAUGAGGUUGUUCCCACCAUCUGAGUGAUCAAUCAAUCCAAAGCCUUCAUACGGAGGAGGCAUAUACGAAUGUCUUGUGGGACAUAAUAAAGAAGCCAUGUGUGCGCUUGAAUUUCCUUUGUUUGAUUUGCGUUUGGAGUGUGAAGGAUGAUGUCCAAUGAUCAACAUCUGAUGCUUGAUAUUAAAUAAGAAGCAGAGAAACCUCUAAUGAGUUCUUUGUCCU